AUGCGUGAAUCCGGUGUGUGUAUAAAGUACCCCUUGGAGGAGACCACAAAUGUGACGCGUUACUCGUGGUUCGAGCGCAGCAACCUCGUUGCGUAUGAGCCCGGUAUGCGCCGUCGAGUGUCGCCGAAGACCUCCGCGUGGCUAUCUGUGAGUGUUGCGCACCAAUCCAAGUCCCAAGAUGUUAAAAGUGACGGGACGGGCGUGUCUCCGGGGCUCUCCGCCGUCCACCGCGAGGAGAGCUCCCCGGUCAAGGACGCCACCUCGGAGGACAGGUACAGCGUGGACGAUGACGGCGAAGGAGACUGUGACCUGGGCAGCAAGCCCGCGAAUUCUAAUCUGCCCACUGUUUUGGUGGAACACCGGUGGUCGUUCCUCUUCCCGAGGUCAUCGCGUCUGGGCAAGCCUCUUUCCACCCCGUUGUUCAAACAGCAAGUCGCCGGCUUUGGCGCUCUGGGCACGUCGUUCUCCCACUCCGCUCCGCUAAGGCCAGUAGACGGGAUGACUAGGGGUGUCAGGAACGAAGAGGGCUCCUCCUCCACAGAUGGCGAUACCGAGUCGUCCGAACACAAGGUCACCACAGUACAGGAAGCAUUCAAUUCACCGGCAUUCGGAGGCCGUUCUUCUGUCCUGCGCUGUCUCAUAAUGGACCUGGAGAUGCGUUACAUCUCUCGAACGCAGAUGAACUACGCGUUCCACCUCUCGGCAAUAGCUGAGCGCGUGAUCCACCAAGGGGUGUACCACCUGGCCAACUUCAGCCGCCGCUGGAACCCCGUCAUAAUCAACGAGCCCAUUGACACAUACGGGAUGCUCCGAUUGCUGAGGCUACUGAAGGAUGUCGUAACGGAUGAUAUGAGGGAGCAGGAAGGGCAAUACGACGACAACGAGGACGUCGCGGAUGACGUGGAUGGUGAGCCGCCACGCAAAUUCCCCAAGGUCUCCGAAGACACCGGCAUCGAAUCGCGCAUGUUCUCGACUGGAGUGUCCGAAAAUGUUGCCACCGAAAGCGGAGACGAUGUUAAGGACGAAGUGGAGGGAGGCCAGCCAUUCUCCAAGAUUCGACCUAUAGAUGCCAUAUGCGCUGAUCCCCUUAAUCCAUCGACCCUCCGCGAGAUCUACUCGUCGCUGAUAGCGUCCUACGGCGGGUUGGUGGAAGAUGACGUCUAUGCUUCCGUUGAUUUUGAAAGUAGCCGGGUUUACAAUUUGAUCAAAAAGCUGGUGGGUAUCGACUGCCCCGAUUCGCUCAUUUCUGGCGUGUUGGAAUGUAUUAUACGUGACUCUGCUGUGGAUGGUGGUGAACGGAAGACGGGCGACUUGCUUAGACGCCACGUGCUAAUUGAAAGGAGACUGGUGCUGUUCGAGUGCCCACCCCAGCCGCCUUCGUCUGAUGUGGAUGCAGCUCAGUCCUCCGUCUACUGCGACGGCACCGAAGCCGUUGAACGUAUUUGCCUGUGCUGUUCGAAGUACGCAGUUUGUCCGACCGUUUUCAACGAGUACAUCAUCUUCGGAGGCACCCCGGCGAUUCCCCUGGACAUGGAGCUAGGUAUCUGGAUAUUCGACUCCCCCUUCACACGCCUGAAGAUGCGCGACGUGCCCGUUGUGUACCACCAGCAAGUGCAGUACUCCACGAGGAAAUACAUCACCAUCGCCGACCUGAAUGACGCUAUCCUUUCCACCCGAGUCCUGAACUUGCGUAUGGAGUUUUGCGGUCGUGGAGACUGGGUUUUCGAUGACGGCACCCUUCCGUUGAACGAAACCGACAAGUCCCGCACCAUCUACGGCAAGGUUGUGUCCGCAGACGACCUGAUGCAGCUGGAAUUCUCUGGAACCGUGAACCAGAUCGCCAAGAAGUUUUUUGUUUUACAAAAGGCCUUCCUGUCUACAGGCAAGGAGGGUACAUCCCGCCUCAUCUUCAUGGACCCCUACGCCAGCAUCGACGCCAGCAUCUGCGAGGACAAGGACUACGUGGACCACCUCGUCGACCUGCUGACGGUCAUGUACAAGGAGAGCCCUGGGAACUUUUUGGCAUCUUGCAACGGCUACUACUAUUACGAGGACGGGUUCCUGCCCGAGAGCAUCGACGUGCAGCGGCUGCGCAACACACUUUUCAACCUGGAGAGCAGCCACUACCGAACGGCCAUGUUGGCCGACAUCGUGGCGGACCAGAAGCACGUGCUCGGCCUGUCCCAGAAGAUGCCGUUCCUGACCAAGUGCAAGCGGGUGAUGAUUGGCAAGUCACGCAUCCACGGCUACGGGCUGUUCGCGGUCGACACGAUCAACAAGGGCGACCUGAUUCUGGAGUACGCCGGCGUGGUCAUCUCCGACCACAUGGCGGACAUCCGCGAGGCGAUAUACGACCGGUUGCUGUGCGGCAGCAUCUACAUGUUCAGGCUGGACUUGAACCACAUCAUCGAUUCCACCUUCUACGGAAACUGCGCGCGCUUCAUCAACCACUCGUGCGACCCCAACACCGCCACUACCAACUUUAGCUACAUCGACGAGGACGGCUUCGGCGCCCAUGUCGGCAUAUACGCGUCGAAGGUGAUUCCGGCUGGAGAGGAGAUCUACUACAACUACCGGCUGUCCGCGGGCUCGGCCAACCGCGAGGUGUGCCACUGCGGCUCCUAUAUGUGCACGGGAUACAUGUCGCUGGUGAAGUAG